CCCCUGCGCGCUUGCAGGGGGAAGGGGAGGCGCAUGCGCACCCCGCGUUAGUGAUGGAGGAGAGAAGAUGGCGGAAGCGGAAUUUAAGGAUCACAGUGCGACUAUGGAUAGCGAGCCAAACUCUGGAGCGUCUUCUGUGUCAACGACAGCCAGUAGCACCACCACCACCACCAUCACCACUUCCUCCUCUCGAAUGCAGCAACCACAGAUCUCUGUCUACAGCGGUUCAGACCGACAUGCUGUUCAGGUAAUUCAACAGGCAUUGCAUCGCCCCCCCAGCUCGGCUGCUCAGUACCUCCAGCAGAUGUACGCGGCUCAGCAACAGCACUUGAUGCUGCACACGGCCGCUCUUCAGCAGCAGCAUCUAAGCAGCUCCCAGCUCCAGAGCCUUGCUGCUGUUCAGGCAAGUUUGUCCAGUGGAAGACCAUCUACAUCCCCUACAGGAAGUGUCACACAACAGUCAAGUAUGUCUCAGACAUCUAUCAACCUCUCUACUUCUCCUACACCUGCUCAGUUGAUGAAUCGCUCCCAGGCUUCCAGUUCUACCAGCGGCAGUAUUACCCAACAGACGAUGUUACUAGGGAGUACUUCCCCUACAUUAACAGCCAGCCAAGCUCAAAUGUAUCUCCGAGCUCAGAUGCUGAUUUUCACACCCGCUACCACUGUGGCUGCUGUGCAGUCUGACAUUCCCGUUGUCUCGUCGUCACCGUCACCUUCCUGUCAGUCUGCAGCUGCUCAGGUUCAGAAUUUAACAUUACGCAGCCAGAAGUUGGGUGUCUUAUCUAGCUCACAGAAUGGCCCACCAAAAAGCGCUGGUCAAACUCAGUCAUUGACAAUUUGCCAUAAUAAAACAACAGUGACCAGUUCUAAAAUCAGCCAACGAGAUCCUUCUCCAGAGAGCAAGAAGGGAGGAAGCCCAAGUCUGGAAUCUCGAAGCACAGCGGUCACUCGGACAUCAAGCAUUCACCAGUUAAUAGCACCAGCGUCAUAUUCUCCAAUUCAGCCUCAUUCUCUAAUCAAACAUCAGCAGAUUCCUCUUCAUUCACCACCUUCUAAGGUUUCCCAUCAUCAGCUGAUUUUACAACAGCAACAACAGCAAAUUCAGCCAAUCACCCUUCAGAGUCCAACUCAAGAUCCGCCCCCAUCCCAGCACUGUAUCCCACUUCCAAACCAUGGCCUUUCUCCGGCUCCCAGUAAUGCCCAGUCACAGCAUUGCUCACCAAUUCAGAGCCAUCCCCCUCCUUUAACUGUGUCUCCUAAUCAGUCACAAUCUGCACAGCAGUCUGUAGUGGUGUCUCCUCCUCCACCUCAUUCCCCAAGUCAGUCUCCUACGAUAAUUAUCCAUCCACAAGCACUUAUCCAGCCACAUCCUCUUGUGUCUUCAGCUCUUCAGACAGGGCCAAAUUUGCAGCAGGCUGCUGCUGAUCAGGUACAGCCCACAGCACAGCUGAAUCUUCCAUCCCAUCUUCCACUUCCAGCAUCCCCUGUUGUACACAUUGGCCCAGUCCAGCAGUCUGCCUUAGUGUCCCCUGCUCAGCAGAUGGUGUCUCCAACAUCACACCAGCAGUACUCAACCCUGCAGUCCUCCCCAAUUCCAAUCGCAACCCCUCCACAGAUGUCGGCAUCUCCUCCAGCUCCGAUCCCACCACUGCCCUUGCAGUCUAUGCAGUCUUUACAAGUGCAGCCUGAAAUUCUAUCCCAGGGCCAGGUUUUGGUGCAGAAUGCUUUGGUGUCAGAAGAAGAGCUACCUGCUGCAGAAGCUCUGGUCCAGUUGCCAUUUCAGACUCUUCCUCCUCCCCAGACUGUUGCGGUAAAUCUCCAAGUGCAGCCGCCAGCACCUGUUGAUCCUCCAGUGGGAAUGCAUUUGAACCAGUGUCAUCUGCACAAAGUUUUUUCUCUUAAGGUUUAUCAAGUAGAAGAUGUGUGUGAGGAGGAAAUGCCAGAGGAGUCAGAUGAAUGUGCCAGGAUGGACAGAACACCACCACCCCCGACUCUGUCUCCAGCAGCUGUGACCGUGGGUCGAGGAGAGGAUUUGACCUCUGAACAGCCUCUGUUAGAGCAAGUGGAGUUGCCCGCUGUGGCCUCAGUCAGUGCUUCAGUGAUUAAGUCUCCAUCAGACCCCGCUCACGGCUCUGUUCCUCCACCGCCACUCUUAAUGCCAGCUGCUGCCACAAGGAGCACUAGCGCGGCUAUGGCCAGCGGCACCCCCCACCUGGAAAACAAGCCUCCGCAGGCUAUUGUGAAGCCACAGAUCUUGACCCACGUGAUCGAAGGUUUUGUGAUUCAGGAGGGAUUGGAGCCCUUUCCUGUAAGUCGUUCAUCUUUGCUGAUAGAACAACCUGUGAAAAAGAGGCCUCUUUUGGAUAAUCAGGUGGUAAAUUCUGUGUGUGUUCAGCCAGAACUACAGAAUAACACAAAGCAUGCAGAUAACUCAUCUGACACAGAGAUGGAAGACAUGAUCGCUGAAGAGACAUUAGAAGAAAUGGAUAGUGAGUUGCUCAAGUGUGAGUUCUGUGGAAAAAUGGGAUAUCCUAAUGAAUUUUUACGGUCAAAACGGUUCUGUACUAUGUCAUGUGCCAAAAGGUACAAUGUUAGCUGUUCUAAAAAGUUUGCACUUAGUCGUUGGAAUCGUAAGCCUGAUAAUCAGAGUCUUGGGCAUCGGGGCCGUCGUCCAAGUGGCCCUGAAGGGACAGCAAGAGAACAUAUCCUUAGGCAGCUUCCAAUUACUUAUCCAUCUGCAGAAGAAGACUUGGCUUCUCAUGAAGACUCUGUGCCCUCUGCUAUGACAACUCGUCUGCGCAGGCAGAGUGAGCGGGAAAGAGAACGUGAGCUUCGAGAUGUGAGAAUUAGGAAAAUGCCUGAGAACAGUGACGUGCUCCCAGGGGCACAGACAGAGCCCUCUAUAUGGACGGUUGAUGAUGUCUGGGCCUUCAUCCAUUCUCUGCCUGGCUGCCAGGAUGUCGCGGAUGAGUUCAGGGCGCAGGAGAUUGAUGGACAGGCCCUGCUCUUGCUAAAAGAAGACCAUCUUAUGAGUGCAAUGAACAUCAAGCUGGGCCCAGCCCUGAAGAUCUGUGCACGCAUCAACUCUCUGAAGGACUCCUAACAGGAAGCCGAGGCGUGGAUGUAAUGUCAUUUCAUUCCUCUUAGUAGGUAAAAGUAGAGCCUCCGCUGGCUGAGAAUCUUCGCCUGACCAUGGAAGGCCAAGCACAUUGGGACUGCCGCUUCCAGUGCCCACAUUUCUCUCCAGACACCAUAACUCAUCGUACACUUUCAGAGUUAGCCAACAUUGGUGAAGUUAAUUUUACCAGUUACAUACAACACUGAAAGACUUGUUACAGAGGCCCAUAUUUUUCAAAGAAAUAUGUUAUACUAGAUAAUUUUUUAAAGGCAAUGUUUAUCAUUAAUAUAAAAGAAUCCUUUUAAAAAUAAUUACUGAUUUACACUCCCUCUCCUUUGAUUCUGUUUUCUUAUACGUUUUUCUACCCUGUUAGUUUUUCAAAGGUUAUCAUAGAGAUAUAAGGUAAUUUAGGAGCCCAUUGACAGAAUUGAGUGCAAUGAAAUAUCAGUAUGUUUUAAAAACAUAUCUUCCAGACAAAUGCUCUGGCUGUGAAGAAGGAUUGUGUUCUUGCAUAAGCAGUGUUUAUGGAGGUCACAGAGUCUCUAUUCUAGACUUCACCCAGAUUGGCAUGACUGACAGUUUUCCUCUUGGUUUUGUACAUUAAGAGCAAUAGUUAUCAGUGGGGGUCUCUUCAUGUCCUCCAGGGGGUAUUUGGCAAUAUCUAGACACAUUCUGGUUACCACAGCUGUGGUUGAGUUUUGGAGAGGGUUGUUAUAGGCGUUGAGGAGGUGGUAGUGGCAGCCAGAGAUGUUGCCGAAUAUCCUUCAGUGCACAGGACUGUUACCAAGAAUGAUAUGUUAUAGAUGCCAGUAGUGCCAAGGUUGAGAAGCCCCGGUGAGCAAAGAGUGCUGCAUGUUGCUCUUUUUCACCUGCAGGGACAUACAAAAAGGUAGGGUAUGAUAAGGAGUACAUGUAUAGUGAAGUAUUAUUCAAAUGGCAUUAAUGUUCUGCUGAAGUAUUUUUUUACAGUUUUACUGUAUACUAGAAAGGGGAAGAAAAAUCCAUAAAAUUGUCUAUAAGAUGAGGCUGCUUUACAGGACAUGUGACUGUGAUGUGGCACUGGCCCAUGGUCACCUUUCCUGACUGUUGCUCUGCACUGAUGGUGUAAGAUGCAUCAUGCCUGUGAGUCUCAUUCAGCAAGGAGAGUUGGCAGUGGAGCUGUGACCCCUUCCCAUGUGCUCUCGAAGCAACCCUGCUCAGUCUGUCUAGAAUGCACAUUUCUUUCUCCCUUACAAAGUCCUUGGAGUCUUCCUGCAAAACAUUAAAGGGGUUUCUCUUAAUCAGAAGUUUCCACUCAGCAGUUUUCUGGAAUUAGGACAUUAAGACAGACUUUCCUGUGAGUGCUCUGAAAGCCUUAAAGUGCUGGGCAUCAGAAGAGCUGAUGACUUGGUCUUCUUUCUGUACCUUUACUACACCCUUGAGAAAUUGGAGUGGAUAACGAAGCCUUGGCCACAGAUAUAAGAUACAGCAAGAGUCCGAGCUGCUUCAUUUUCACGGCUCUUCAGAAAUUGUGUUGAGCUAGUAGAAGACUAAAAGGUGUUACAAAGGUUAUCACAAAGAUAUUUAUCUUUUGGCUUUGUGUACAUUAGAAAAUGUUGGUUAUUUUUAUACAAAAAUAUGGUGGCUAAUUUUUUUAAUCUUUUAGAUGCCUCUUGUUUGAAUGUAUGCUUUGUGGGAUUGUCGGUGUAGUAGUUGAAGAGGCGUUCACUGGUAGUCCUGUGUAGACUCCGAAUGUGGAAGUAGUGUGAGGCUCCUGUUUCAAGCCUACAGUAGUAUAGUCUGUUACAUAUUUCUUUGUAUCACAUUUUCUUAUUAAUGUUUCAAGAAAGGUAGAUACUCUAGUCCAUCUCAUUUAUUAGUAAUGAGUCAUCAUGGCAGUUGUCAUGGACUUUCCCCUCAUUCUCCUAAACAAGGCUAAGCAGCACUAAGAGAUUGCCUACUAUAUGAAGGAGGCACAAAGGCAAAUUUCUUCUGGAACUAAUAGAAUUCCUCUGUAUUGUAGUAAUCCACAGUUAAAGCAGAAUUGAUUGUCCAGUAUAGACCUCCAGCAAUAAUGCUUCCCUCCUACAAAUACUUAUAUAUAGCCUUUAAGGUAUUCAUUCACUCUACCCUUCUACUAGAAUCAGCUCAUUGUGUGCUUAUGAGAAACCUCUGGGCCGAGCACUCUUCAAGCAUCCCGAAGCAGCUUACAAGAGGAGUUUCUGUUGGAGAUGCCUUCUUGUCCUUGACUGUGUCCAGAUCUUCUGUUGUCUUAAAUUCAACUAGAAAAUCCACUUCUCCUACCAGUGGGCUGUUUGACUUAGAAGUGGCUUGUUUGCGUCGUUUGGUAGUUCUCCUGUUGCUGCAGGAACAGUUCUAGAUAAUUUAAUCAUCCUAGUUUGAAGGCUUCGGUUACAUGGGAUGGGGACACACACCCUGCGUCCCCCAUCUCCUGAGCAUCAGGCCGUUCAGUAUGACAUAGAUAGGAAGAACGCCAUUUUCAUUUCCUUUUGUAGUACUGAGUGCUUUAAGGACUUUCCUGGAAGGAAAAAAUGACAGCCAGAAAGGGAACAUGGGUUCUUCCUGUGUUUGCCUCCUGAGCUUGCAUUUCCUUACUUUAAACCCUGUCCACUGUGGGACAUACUUAGUUCUGUGUUCUUAGGAAAAUAAACAGCUGACUUGUAAAAGUUACUUUAUCUGACAAUACUUACAGCUACACAGCUUCAUUAUAAAUCAGCACAGCCUAGGAAUCUUGUCUCCAUACUUGAGAACUUUGGUGGCCUGCAGCUGUGAUGGUUCCAUUCACUCCUGUUGUCUUGGAGUCCCUUCUGUGAAGUCUGGGUUAAAGCUGUCCCCUGGGAGGAGAGAAAUGGCGGUGAGCGAGCUAGAGAGUGGCUGAGGGCCAGGGGAGCCCACCGGUGCUCACUCCAUCUCUGCAGCGCUGAAUGCAUUUCUGCAAUUGAAGUUCAAGUUCGUGCUUUACCUAAAUAAGUAGAAGUGCUUUCUCUGUGCUUUAGGAAUCCUGCUGCUUCCCUCUUUUUGUUUUUUGUAUUGGAAGACUAGUAUGUGAGACCAUGCCUUUGAAUAAUUUUUAGUCAACCUUCAUAUAUUAAGUGCAAAAUUGUAGUCACUUAUCUGUUUACAAAUACAAAUUCUGGAUUGAAGUCUUUCAAGGGACACAGUUUCUCACAAGUUUGUUUAGUUGUGUGCCUCAGAACUCAGAGCCGUGCUUUAAGGGGUUCAGUGCUAUCCUGGACCAGAGUAGUAGGGAAGGAAUAGAGACAUGUAAUUUUAGGCUUUGAUUUCAUGUGUAUACGUGAUUCUAGAAAGAAGAAACUAUUACUGAUGCAUGUGAAUGAAGCUGAUCUUACAGCUAUGUCCAGUGUAUGAAAUCUGAUUGAUGAUACUGUUGAAGCAUUUCAAACAUGUUUUCAACCUGAGAGGCUGGCUGUAUGUUGCAGUUUGAAGACUUUCAUCCUUUGUGAAUGCCAGCAACACUUGCUGCCAACUGGUAUUGUUGGUGGCACGAAUGGCCUCACCGAAUUCCUUCACUAAGUCCCCUCUACCCCCAACCCUGCUCCAAAUACACCACACAGGGCUGGCUUUCUUCCUAGUUCUUAGCUUGGGGUUGGGUAGUAUCCUGGCUUGGAAAUCUUCAGGAUUUUGUACAGGAUUAGACCUUUAUAACUUUCCAGGUUGUAUUUCAAUGAAAGCGUUCCUCUAUGCAAAUCGUUUCCUAUCUGUCUAACUGUGUGACUAGUUGUACCCUAAAGGGUUUUGUUUUUAAUGUGGGGGGAGGGCAGAUAAGAAGAUGACACUGCCAGCUAAAUGAGACAUUGAGCAUAAUGAUGGUCAUUAGCAGCUUGGAAUGACCCAUGGUAAUGGAUGGUUGGACUCCCAUUAUAGCAGUUUAAGGGUCUUAGGAUGUCUUGUUUGGUUUGCUGGACUAGGAUUGAAGUCAGGGCUUCACACUCCACCUCUGAGCUUACAGACUGUGUUUUUGGCUUGUUUGCCUAGACUUAGUUGGAAUUGUGAUCCUCUGGCCUUUUCUUAAGUGCUGGAAUGAAGGACUGUGCCAUCAUGCCAAAGUUAGCUCCAGUGUCAAGAUUUGCUUGUAGUCAAAUUAGAUUUUUUUCCUUAUCAUCUGACCCUGCUCUGAGGCUCUGAUGUUAAUAGUACCACUGGUACCCAAGUGAGUGAGCCUGGAUUUCUUAAGAGAACUAGCAAGAGGAAGAGAGUAUCUGUCAAAACUUAGAAGAUUGUUGUGAUUGAGUGGGUGAUUACAGAGGAGUUUCCGCAUCAGAUGCCACAGCUGGCUCAGUUUUGCAGCGGUCAUGAGGAAAGGCACUGUAAGGUGGUCUGUUGUGUCUGUCUGAGGUGUGGUGAUUGGCUUUUUCUCCUGUCUGGGUCCUCCAAGCCUGCCUGUAUUCUUGGUAUAAAGCAGAAAGACUCAUGACAUGAACUGUUUAACUCAAAAUUAUCAAUAUAAAUAAAUAUGCUUUCUUAUUAAUACUUAAUUUUAACCUAUUGAACCAUACAUCUUAAGAAAGUCUCUGGGAAGAUAUUUCUCAUGUGUUAGAAGAUUAUAAAAAUGCAUUAUCCUAUAGUUUAUAGUUGAAAUACAAGCUGUUCCUUCAAUUUAAAAUGUCGAAAAUGACAUUAACUUUUUAAAAAAGUUACCUAAAAUGUUAAGACCUUAGAAGUUGUGCACAAGUUCAAUCUACUUUAAAAUUACACUAAGAGAAAACUUUUUUCCUUCUGAAAGUUACAAGGUAGCAGUUAAAAUACAAUUAUUACCAUGUUCCAAAGAAGAACAUUAGGAGGCCCGCCCUCUUUUGUGAUGUGCUCCCAGCUUCCCUAAGGCAGACUCUCAUGUGCACACACACUUGCUGGCAAGUGCCAUAGUUAUGGGAAAUUAUUUCCACAGGAGUUUUAUUUUUUUUUCCUUUUGAUAGCUCGUGGACAUUUUAUUUACAAUUUUAAUGAAAAAUACAAUUUAAUGAAAUGUUAGGUACAAAUAAGCUUCUAACAUCUUAUAUUUUAGGCAGAGUUCUUUCUGUUGCUUUUCAAGUGUAUACCUGCUGCUAUUCGUGAUAUUGCUGGUAUUGGGUAUAGAAAGAAAAUGGCGUAAUUUUAAUGAACUAAAAGAGGGAUGUAGUUAUGUCGUUUUAUACUGUCUAAAUCAAUGCCAGUCAUCAUCUUAGAUACUUAGAGUGCCUACUGCUUAUUGGCUUAGUGGGAUUCGUCAGUGUUAACUGUGCUUUGUGGACCUUUCUCUGACAGUGGUGAGAGGGGGGUAGAGAUUCCAUCAUCACUGAGACAGGCGUGAGCUACUGUAGAAGGGAGGGGCAUUUGAAGUCUUGCCACAAGUGAACUAAAUAUGUACAGUGUUUAAAGUCCUUGUACAUAGUACCUGUGUUUAAAAAUUUUGGUAGCACUAAAAAGUGUGCAAAAUUACUAUUUUUCUUCAGUAGUGAGUAACAUAAAUACACUCGCUGCAUUACCAUACUGAGUGGAGAUGAAACAUGGUGGCUCUGAGACUUGGUAGAUGGCACAUUAGCUGGUUGUGACACCUUGAGCAAUUAUUUGGUUUUGAAUCUCAUCCGAGUGUACAGUGUGAUACCUGCACUACUAAAUAUGUUGAAUUUUGGCUUAAGUCAUUAUUGAAGAAACACCCUUCCCCAGCUCUAAAAUUACAGUCCUGAGCUACAUACAUAAUUGCUUAUUUACCACUGGCCUGACUGAAUGACAGGUGAAUACUAUUACUCAUGCACGUAUUCAUCCGUUUGUAAACUAUUUAACACUUGGGUUGUAUUAAAAAAAACAAAAAACAAAUCAAGUCUUCCCAAACAACCUCACUGCUGCUGAAGCACGUAUGUACUUACUCCCAGUUAAUGCCCUGUUGCCUGGGAACUAGGGUUUAAUAAUACCCGAAGGGUCCAAAUCACAUCCCCGCUCUCAUACCACCUUUCACAUACCGUUGACAACAUAAGAGUGCUCACUGUGACCAACUGUGAGAGUUGUGACAGGCAGCCUCAGGACCAGUCACAGAGAUUUAUAUCCAGUAUUGACAGUGUAGCAGUUUUCCAAAACAGAAACAUCUGAAAGGAAACCAGGAGAACAGGCUGCUGCUGCUGUUUCUAGUAUUGAUUGUAUUGUAUGUCAGUCAGAAGAGGGUGUGAUAUGACCUCAUGAAAUGCAGAACUGGUAACAAAGCAGAUCCUGCUGUGCCAGCAAGGACUUGAGUAGUCAAGAUGGAGUGAGAAUCAGCCGUAAUUGGGUCAAUUCCCUUUUCCCUCUGGGACUCUGUGAAUCAGGUGGUAGUUUUUGCUUUAAAUAUUAACAUCAGUUGAUCUUUAUAAAGAUAUAAAAAUAUAUUUUAAAGACUUUUAUGUAUCAUAGCUGUAGCUUUUUAAGUGGGGAAAUGUCCAAAUAAAGUGUUAGAUUAUAGAUAUAUAUAUGAGAUAGAUGCUUUCAAACAGAUUUUUUUUAAGGUAUACUAAUCUAAAUAGCCCAAUAAUCUGGCCCUUGUAAAUUGUUCUAUGAUGCUGGUUACUUUUAAAGUGUUUUAAGUUCUUUAAAGUACACCUAAGUUGUAAAGUAUCCCAUGCUGUUGAUCUCUGUUGCAUUAACGCUGUCUUUGUAGCUGUAUUCUUGGAACUUCAGAAUUCAGCCGAGAAUAUAGAUUAUAAUUUUGUGUGUGAUUUCUCACAAAGAUGGGUCUUCUUGGUUUUCCUUUUUCAAACUUCAGAAAUUCUUGGACAGUGCAGGAUUGUGCUGGAAAUGAAGGUCGGAUGCUGCAGACGGCCGUGGUUGCUGACAGUAGGCAAAGGAAUUCAAGCCUCGUGAUUUAGUGAUAAUGUUUUGUCUUUUUACUGCUUAAAAUUUGUUUCACAGGGCAAGUUUCUGUGAUUAACUAUUUUUUAAUGUUUUAAGCACAUAAAAAAAACUUCCUUUGGUUCUUCCCAUUGUUCUAAAAUCAAAGUUUCAUAAUUAAAAAAAUCUCAAAAGAUUCAUCAAGGAAAAAAGCACCACCAAGGGGGCAAGAGAAUGUGUUUUAAUCUUAGAGGAAGUAAAUAUUAAGGUUAUAGAAAUGUGUCUUACAUGAAUGUUGUAUUAGAGUCCUCACAGGAAAUGACAUAGUUGGAGCACCUUAGCAUAGACUUCCUCGACUGGUGUUCCGAGCUACAGUUUUACAGUGUAUAACCUGAAAAUGAAGUGAAUUUUGCAUUAUAAGAGCACACCAUUAUCUAUGUAAAAAGUGUUCAUUUGAUGUAUUUUUUUAAGAAAAGAGAAAGCACUUUCAUAUUAAGUCGCAUGUGUAUGAACUUUAGACUUCCUGUUUGUGUGUCUAUUCAGUGACUAAAAUGGAGCAUCAGAUGUUUGCUGGCAACGUUAACUGUUAAUGGAAGCACCUUAUUCUCUGCUGCUUACACUUGCUUGGAUUGCACCUUUGUUCCCUGCACUUCACAUAGAGUAUUGUGACAUGGCUUUGAGUGGGUCUGGGUGAAAGAUUAAUAGUGGGCCUACAGGAUCUUUUAUUUAUGUUGUUUAUAUUACGCUAAUAUAUUGUAGACCAGUUGUAACUUCAGUUCUUUACAAAUAAAAACCUGACUGGUUA